CAAAAACAUAGCGUAAAUGUCAAAAUUGAUUUACACAAAUAAAAAAAAAUAAAAUUUCAACAAACCCUUUUGCCUACUCUGCAUCAGAAAUAAAUUCACAAAAAGCACACUAAAAUUCCUGAUAGAAUUAAGUGAUUAUUCAGAAAUGGAAAAUAGUGGAGUUUUUUAAUCUCAAAAAACCAAAAUGCCCAAAAACAAACUUAAACUUACUUUACCCCCUGGUUCCCUUGAACAAAGCUCUACCACACCAACCAAUGGAUUCAAUGAUAUGCAGAGGCAUGACUUUAAAGGCUCCACUAUUGACCACUUAACUGCAAGACUGGAAGAAUUGGAUAUGGAUGAUAACCAAAUAAAGAAAAUAGAAAUUUUUCUCGAUCAGAAGGAAAAGAUUGGAGUCAAUCUAACUGAUGACGAUUUCGAAAACUUGGGUGAACUUGGUUCGGGUAAUGGAGGAGUUGUAAUCAAAGUUAGACACAAGACUAGCGGACUGAUAAUGGCAAGGAAACUGAUACAUUUAGAAGUAAAACCCGCUGUUAAAAAACAGAUAAUUCGUGAAUUGAAGGUGUUGCACGAAUGUAACUUCGCACAUAUCGUUGGAUUUUAUGGUGCUUUCUAUAUCGAUGGCGAAAUAAGCAUCUGCAUGGAAUACAUGGAUGCUGGAAGUCUAGAUUUGAUAUUGAAAAAGGCUGGAAGGAUUCCUGAAAAUAUUUUAGGCAAAAUAACAUGUGCCGUUCUGAAAGGUUUGAGCUACUUGAGGGAUAAACAUUCGAUUAUACAUAGAGAUGUUAAACCUAGUAAUAUUCUAGUCAACAGUAGUGGAGAGAUUAAAAUCUGUGAUUUUGGGGUUUCUGGGCAACUCAUAGACUCCAUGGCUGAAUCUUUUGUAGGGACGAGAAGUUACAUGUCUCCUGAGAGAUUGCAAGGAACUCAUUACUCUGUCCAGAGUGACAUAUGGUCCUUGGGUCUAUCCUUGGUGGAGAUGGCCAUUGGCAUGUAUCCGAUACCUCCUCCGGAUGCUAAAACCUUGGCCGCCAUCUUUGGAUCCCACCGAGAUCCUAACGCUGAACCCAUCUGCCCCAGACCGAUGGCCAUCUUUGAACUGCUCGACUACAUAGUUAACGAACAGCCCCCAAAGCUCCCUGCGGGCAUAUUCACAAACGAUUUCAAGGAUUUCGUUGAUAAAUGCCUCAGGAAGAACCCUGACGAAAGGGCGGAUCUGAGGAGUCUUCAGAAUCACAGUUGGAUAAAAAGAUCGGAGUCCGAGGACGUGGAUAUAGCGGGUUGGGUGUGUAAGACGAUGGGCAUAACUCCUCCCCAUCAAGAUGAUUCGAACGAUAAUAGGUAAAGUGCUUAUGUUGAUGUAAGUUUAGGAGUUUUCAAGGUGAUAUUCACGAUAUUGAUAGGCAGGUAUGAAACGAUAGCUUCUUUGAUGUUUGGGAUGAUUUAUUGCAAACAAUAAGCAUUUCCGACAUUAUUAGUCAUGAAUUUUUUCAACUGAUAACAUAUUUCCAAAAUCAGUUUUAGCAUGUAUCAAAAUGGACUCUCCUCCAAUCUUGUCUGGAAAAAUUUGGAGAAGGUAUAUUGAUUAGGUCACUCCAACGGUUUUUAUGAAAGCAGGAAUGACUUGAUUGAACUGUUUGCAACGAUUUGAAUUGAUGAUAAUGAAAUUAAAUAUCAAAUUUGAAGGAAAAUCUCCCAAAAAUUAUCUUGUUCUGUGAUCAUGUGUCAUCGAAAUGUCAGACAGUGACAGUUGGAGAAACUUCUGCUAGAUUUCUGUGAACCAAUGAGAGAUGAACAAAAAAUUCGAAUCGAAAUCAGGGGAAUGAGUAUAAAACUUAAUGUUUAGGCUUUGUUGUCAGUUGUUGUAUGUAUAACGUUUGCAGUGGAUAUUGAAUUGAUCUGAUUUGGGAUACAUCAUUACGUUAUCUACUAAGAAUGUCAUUUUUGAAAGUUUCAGGAAGUUAAAUAUAGAUUGAUUAUCUGGAAAAUAUAAGUGUUUCAUUAUAUAAGCAGUUGUAUUACUCUCUCUGUAUCAUGAUAUUUAUUUGUGAUAAAUAUAACUGUCGAUAUGUU